CACCCACAGUUUAUUCAAGUUCGCACAGGAAACAAUUUGAUUCAGCAAGACAAAAACCAUGUCUUCUCUUCGAUCUUUCGAGGACUUUGAGCCCUCUUCUGAGUGGGUUCGUGAAGACGCCUUCGGAACUCUUCUCAUUCAUCUCCCAGGAUUCAAAAGGAAUCAGAUCAAGGUGCAAAUAACCAACUCCAAUCAGAUUAAGAUAAGCGGUGAAAGACCUCUAGACGAUCAACAUUGGAGCCGGUUUGUGAAACAAGUCCCAUUGCCGGAGCACUGCAAGGUGGCAGAAACCCGAGCCAAGUUUGAGAAUGGGGUGCUGCAUGUUAGGAUUCCAAUUGCUCAAGUUGCGCCAUCUACAACAAUUCACAAAUCACCGACGCCGUUGCCAAUGGAGAAGGCGGCAACUGAACUACGUGAGAAGACAGAGGAAGGAGGAGAUGGUAAGCGUAGGAAAGCAGUACCUGAAGGGGAAUUUCUACCAAAGGAACAGAAGCAGCCUGCGGAAGCCAAAGAAGAUGUAAUUGGCCAGAAAGAACAGCCCAAGGAAAAACCUGAAUUAGAAGGCAGAUCAAAUAGUGAAAACAAACAGGGCCAGCAGACGAGUCCAGCACUUCAAACAGAUGAUACAUCCAGUCAGGAAAAGGAAACAAAGCGACUAGAGAGCAUAAGUUUUCCAGAUUCCAGCAGCAAAGGUGGCGAGAUGAUGGCAAGGUACAGUAUCAACAACCUUCUCAUGGUACUCACUCUGGCUAAGAAGAUACUGUUGGCGAGCGUCGCUAUUUCCAGUUUAGUUUUAGUUGGCAUUGGUUUGUAUUUCAUGUAUAAACAGGAAGACGAGUAAAGUAGGUCGAUGUCUUCAGCUAAGAACACCUCAAAUUGCAUGCAUACAUGUAAUACAGUAAAGUUAAUAAGAUAGAUAUGCAUGGAGGAAUAAAAAACAAGAUAACACGUACGGCUGCUAUUUAGCA